AAACCGUAUAUACCGGAAUUUUCAACUUAAACAUCUUGAAGCUCAAAUCUACAAACAAUUGGUGAAAUUUUCAACAGAUAGAACCUGGAAAAGACUUUGUUGUGAGCAUAUAGUAUCAGUACCUGGAUAGCAUCAACUCACAACACCAUGAAUCUGCCGUACCAAUAUCUGAGCAGACUUGGACAAAGCUCCAUCCUCUGCGCUGCCAAGGGAGCCAGCAUCCACACAUUUGACCUCGAUGCCGGCAACUCAUUUCUCUCUUCGUGGACUCAUCCGCUCGCAAAGCAGGUCGGCAGCAGUAGCGAACCUCAGGAGACGGGUAGUCAGGAAGGCCGAGAACUCAAUGAGCAGCAAGAAAGUGGUCAGCGCCCAUCGAAAAAGCGCAAGCUAAAUGAAGAAAAGAAGCCCGGCGCUGCUGAGGAGGGUACUAGUCAAGCUGACACGGGUGCAGUGGAAGAAGCGGCAGCAAAUGGCGACGGGAAAAAGAAACACAAGCCCGAAUCUCGUGUUCAGGGGCCGGAAAUACCCUUUGUGGUUCUCAUGACAGCAACGGACGAUGGGAGGUAUCUCGUCGCCGUGACUGGCCAAGAUAAGACGCUUUGGGUACUCGAACACGGCGGGAAGGGCGUUUUAAAUGAAAUAAGCCAAAGGGUCAUGCCCAAACGUCCCAGCUCCAUCGCCAUCACCCCGGACGGGACUACAAUCCUGUCCGCAGACAAAUUCGGGGACGUCUACUCACUACCUCUCAUCCCAACCGCCGCACCUCCCGAGGCAACCAGCACCCCCACCACGCCCUCGAGCGUGCCCGUGCCCGUGCCCGGCCCCGUCCCGGCUCCGUCUUUCAAACCCGCAGCUAACCGGCUAACCGUGCACUCCCAGCGCAACCUGCGCGCCCUAGAAGAACAAGAGCGCAUCCUCGCCAGCCGCAGAGGCGAGCCCGCCAAAGACGCCGCCCCAGCGCCCAAGUACGAGCCGAUUCUAGGCCACGUCUCGAUGCUAACGGCCUUGGCUCUAGCAACCGCAGACGGCAAGCCGUACAUCAUCACCGCCGACCGCGACGAGCACAUCCGCGUCUCGCGCGGCAUCCCGCAGGCGCACAUCGUCGAGAAUUACUGCCUCGGCCACGAGGCUUUCGUCAACGCCCUCUGCAUACCCGCCUCUCGCCCGGAACUCCUGGUCUCCGGCGGCGGGGACGACGAGCUGUUCGUGUGGGACUGGAAGGCCGCCCACCUCCUCGGCAGGACGGACCUCCUCCGCCACGUUAAGGAGAUAGCGCCUAGCGCGGAGCAAGUCGCCGUGUCGCAGUUACUUUCGUACGAUGUAGACGAGCGAUGCUUCCUGUUAGCAAUUUGCGAACGCGUCCCGGUAAUCUUCAUAUUCGAAGUCCUACCAGAGAAUACUCUCCAACACGUACAGACGCUACGUUUACAAGACAACCCCCUAAACGCUCUCGUCAUCACCAGACCAGAAAACUCCCCCAAAUUAGUCGUCGCGAUUGAUCCCCAGCAGCCCACUACUAACAGCAGCACGACACAAGCAGAGGAAGACACCCCCAUGACAGAACCAACCCAAUCUCUCCUGCUCUUCGAGCGAGACGAGACGGGAAACUGGGCCCAGAAGGAGGGAAUUCGGGAUACCGCCGAGGGAAAUCUCGACGUUUCGCGGAAGGAGUUGGAGACUAUUCUGUAUACGGUCGAACACUUGCGGAAGACCGAGUUUACGGAUGAUGUUGAAGGAAGCUCCGUUGCACCCUGAUUCUACUGGACCUGUAUGUACGUUAAAUAUUUACGACUUCUCUAACCCAGGGAAGUGGGAAAUAAUACAACGGUUAAGUCGUAACAAGUCAUAUCACAUAAUUCAGUAAGGCACGUUAGCAAGGGUCACAAACGUCGAUACGGCAACGUAGUUGGGAUAUAAUCGUUUUCAAUGCAA